UAAGAAAAACAGCAGACUAAUUACUUCCUCUUCGUUUGUGGCCCCGCCACCAGCGUCGGUGGGGCUUGGGAGGGAAGAGGUGGAUCCUCUCGGCAGGGAGAGGCGUGAGCGUAUUAACAGCUGGCUGAGGUGUGGUGUUAAAAGUAUAGGAAGAUGGAAUUUACAAUUAAACACACAUGGGAUGGUUUUCCAGUGAGCCAUGAGCCGGUAACAAUUGUGCUGAAGUCAGACAAUGCAGGACUGCUAAUGGAAGUUACUGCUCCCUUCUUUAAUGAUCCUCCAGCACCACUUGGAGAGCCAGGGAAACCUUUUAGUAGACUGUGGGACUAUGAGGUUGUAGAAGCGUUUUUCCUGAACGACAGAACUGAACACUAUUUAGAAGUUGAACUUUGUCCCCAUGGACAACACUUGUUGCUGCUGCUUUCUGGCAAAAGAAGAGUAUGGAAAGAAGAACUUCCUUUAGAGUUUGAGGUGACCAGAAUGAAAACCAAAUGGGAGGGUAAAGCUCAUCUUCCUUGGAAUUAUUUUCCACCAUCCAUGAACAAGUUCAAUGCAUUUGCAAUUCAUGGCUCAGGAGAAGAGAGAAAAUAUGAAGCGCUUUAUCCUGUGCCUCAACAUGAACUACAGGAAGGACAGAAACCAGAUUUCCAUCGCCUGGAUUUUUUCAAAGAUUUGAACCUGAAGGAACUAAUGGGAGAAGACUGGAAGCAGCCUGAAUCAGAUAUAUGGAAGUCUCUUAUUAAUUAAAGGGAUCAAGGCAUAAAUUUUUAUAGCAUUAAGGUUGGAUGAAGCUGUAUGGAAACAACUUCUUCAUUCUGAGCAGAGUUUGUAACUGUAAGAUUGUUGUCAAGGAAAGCCUUACUAAAAUCAUUGAUUAAUCUUAAAAUCAGCUGAAGAGCAUCUGGGCUGGUUGAUUCGAAAUGUGUGACGUUUGCAACAGCAUUUGUUUCAGUUCAUCAGGCUAUGAAGUUUUUCAUCUGUGCAAGAGAUGAAUCUGCUCCUAUCGAUGAAGGGGAGACAAUGUGCUAAAAUUACAGCUGUGUUUUCAUGAGAGCUCUAAGACUGACAUGGCCAGUAUCUGGCUUGGAAUCUUUCAGUACCCUGUAGUUGCUGCAUUUCUGCGGUAUUUUCAUUGCUGCUUGUUUGUUUCUUGGCUGUUGAAUGAGAUUCGUAUGUGCCUAAAUUUUUUGAUUGCAAUCAGGAGAAAGAAUGCCUCCUUCAGGAACAGAGAAGAAUGUAGCUGCCAUGGCAUUUUGUGGCCCUGUACUUGCAUUGCAAGAUGCUGUGGAGGUAUAACUGCCCUUUCCUAUGAAGUUUUCCCUUGCACAGUGCUGAAGAGGGAACUUAAUCUGUAUUACUUUAUUAGCAGACCUCUGUGCUUCAAAUUCAGUGCUUCAAUUUCUAGUGAUAUUUAGGUACAGAGGAUAGAUUUACAUAGUUUUAUGUAUUUCAGGAAAAAUUUCUGGGACAAAUAAUGUUUUGUAAAACCUUUUGAUAUAAUUGUGGGCCUACGAAAGCUUGUUUGUUCCAAGACCUUGUCAUAUCACCUUAAGGAUUCAGCUCAGACAUAUGAGAAUUUUGUUUGCGUGCCACCUAAUGUUGGAAAUAUUCUAAUUGUAUGUGCCUACAUUUUCUACAUAUGGGCAUGAAUAUUUUUAACAGUACGGAGUGCUGUUGGAUGGUAACUUCUAAUCUGUAAACUCUCACAGUAUUUACAAAUUAGAUGUGCCUUUGUUGUAUAGCAUAGUAACUGCUGCUUGAUUGUGGUUGCUGACUUGAUCCUAUAUAAAUUAACCUAGAAAAUAGGAAGCUUACCCACUAACCAGAUCCUAUAUCUGAAAAUUAGGUAACUUAAAAAUCAAACUACUUUGGUUUAGCUUAGAAUGAGGACUCAGACCCAGACAUGGUCCUCAGUCCUUUACUAGAAAGAGGAGUUUCUGCAUCCUGUUUCUGCAUCCUGAUGAUACUCUUCAUCCUCACAGGGUAGAAGCUCAUCAUAUUCUCUAGUUUUGUGAGAAGGAUUGUUUUGGGAGUGUGAGAGACUGUGCCUCAGUCUAAUUGAGGCAAUAUGUUUCAGAAGUUAUGCCCCGAGGUUGUGGUGUUGGGUCUCAUCCUUUUGUGUAGUACCUUCUACUGAAGGAUUUAGAAUCUUUCAAGUUCCUGGGAGAGACUGGUGUUCUUGCAGUCUAGCAUCCUGCUCAAAGCAGGGUUAUUGUUGAAGCUAGAUGGGUUUGCUCAGGGUCUUGUCAAGUUUUGAGUAACUCCAAAGAUGGAGCUUUAAAUGCUCUGGGUAUCCUGUUUCAAGACAUGACUAGUUCGGUUAUGGAAACUUACCUAAUUGCCAUUUCCCGUGCUGCAACUUAUGUCCAUUGCCUUUUGUCCUUUCGCUGUGCAUCUCCAAGAAGAGUGGUUUUUCUUUCUCUACAACUACUGAUUAGGUAACUGAAAAUAACUGUUAGCUUCCCAUGGAUUUCUUUACGUGUCAAUGGUAAGCACCUUCCACUCAGGUAACACUGGCAGACAACUUAAAGGUGUAACUUGGGUUGUAACUCGGAGGCAGCGAUGCUUCCAGGCUUGUUGUUUAUUUAGCUCAUAAAUGGUUCUAAAAUUCUUCUGUGUAGCCUUAGACAACAAAAUGCCUGUAAAGUUUUGCACAGGACUGCACUAAAUCAUAUUACUAAAAGAAUUAUCUGUUGUCUUCUGAGCUUGUGUGCAGUAAUAAGCAUAGUCUGAUGGUCGUGUUUUCUUUGCUGUCUUUAACUUUAUCUGUAAAUUCUGUUGAAGAAAAGAAGAAUAUUCUACCCUUGUGAAGACCAUCUCAGGGUGAUUAAUAUCUGAGAUACUACAUUACUUCAGAGUUCUUGUUUGACUUUAGACUCCCUCUUUGUGCUAUAAGUUUUACAGAUCUAUACAUUCAAAUGUAAGGAUAUUAAGUUUUUUCAGGUGUAGACUUUGGCAUGUCAGCGCACUCAGCAAUCCAAUUGUUUUUACUUUCUUUUAAUUAGACACUAUAGAUUCCUUGCUAUAAAGUGCCAUCUGUUGAAAAUUAGAAGUAUUGUGCAUUUGUUUGGCUUUUCCAUCUUCAAUCCAUGUACAGUUUUCUAAAGAAUGACAUGAGUCUGAAAUAUUGAAUAAUCCAAUAAAUGUUGAUUUAACAACA